AUGGAGAUUGACCAUGGUUUAAAGAUUGAUGAGGAAAAUAAAGCUAACCAAAAAAGUAAGGAAGAUUUUGAAGCUAAUCCAAAAUUAGAUGGUGAAAUUCAAGCUUCUAGCUUUUUGGAUAUUCAAAAUAAUCAAAAUCCUACGGUAGAUGGAGAUAAUUGUGAAGCUUUAUUGAAAUGGAAUCAAAAAACUCAGUCAGCUUUAUCCACAGAAGAGUCAAUACAUAAUUCACUUGAAUCUGAUUAUAAGCAAAAACUAUUAGAAAUAGAUGAAAUCGAAGAAAAAAAAUUUGUAAAUAAGCCAAGUAUUUUAACAAGAAAAUAUUCUGAACCAAAGAAAAAAGAAGAAAUUGUCUUAAAUGUCAGUGAUUUACCGUCACAUAUGAUCCCUGCUAACUCUCCUAUUUAAGAGAGUGUGGGCACAACCAUUGGAAAGAUCUUAUUUUCGAGAAAAUUAAAACCCUUUAAGAGGGAAAACAAACAAAUUUUUCAAUAUAUUUUUUUUUUUUAUUUUUAUAUUAAAUUAAUAUUUUUUCAGAAUAAAUUUAAUUAAAUUUUAGGUAUUAGCAUUCUUUAAAAAUAUUUUUUCAUAUUUAUAUUUAGAUUAUUCUUAUCAAUAUUGCAAAAAGAGAUCUUUUAAAUUCCAAAUUUUAUUUUUAUACAUAUUUUAAAAAUUAACACCUAUAAGAGUGGGCAGAAAUUUGUUCGCUGAUAAAGGAGGAAUAAGCAGAAAACAGAUAAAGAAAAAUUCAUUGAAAUUACUUUAGGGGUUUUCUUAAUCAUUUCUUCUGCUUUUCUUAUACACGAGUAA